UAUAAUGUUAGUUUUCCGUACAUAUCGUGGCUGGUCUGACGUUCGCUCAAUUUUUGACGCGGCCACUAUUAAAAAACUUUUACUUUGUAUGUUUUGACAAUAAUAAUAAUAUAGUGAUGUGAAAAUUACGUGGGCGAAAUUUAAGUAAUUUAGAUUUCGAUAUUUUUCAAAAUGGAUACGCAAACGGUAUUUUGGACUCUUGUUUUGGUUCUUACGAAAUUUGCGGAGGCGGGAAGUAUUGGUGACCAGUGUGAUUGGAGUGGAAGCGGGUUGAGCGUUACUGCUGAGAGGGGCGUGACUCCUGUCUACCUGAGGUGUCGAGAAGGCACAGUAUCUUGGCUUUACCCUCGAGGAGCUCUGCGGUUACUCUUCCGCCCUCCUCUACCAGCUGAUGAAAAGGACUUCAGGGUCUGCAUCAGAGUCAUUAGGCGACCGGACCCUCCCGACUUAUUUCAUUCAUUGCAGUUUAAUGAUACCGACGUUGCAGAGCGGUUUCCGGCCCGCAUUUUCGUGGAAGGUGCGAAGCGGCUUAUACCUCUUUACGCACCUGAUGACGGCGACCCUCGCGAACUUCGAUGCUUCCGAAGCAGGCGAGGUCGCGCUGCUUUGUACGUUGAAGCAGAACCUGAAGAGGGAACUAAGAGGAGAGUGGCCAUGUUCAAGUAUGAAGCCAGGUCUUUAGUGAGAAGACACUAUGACCCUGCAACGGCUGAAUGCAGACCUUGCUCGGAGUCAGAAUUGGAGCUGGCAUUCUGCACUAGUGAUCUCGUAUCGAAAGGUAUAAUAGUGGGUAGUGAACAGCGUGAAGAUUUGGAUACGACACAACUGACCCUGCGAUUGACCAACUUGAUUCGUGCUACGGCUGCCGCAACUGAUCCUAGCGAAGAGGAGAAUCAGUACUUUAGAUAUGAAAUCGACAAUACAAUAGGCACCGGUCGUAGGCGACACCCCCGAAGCCUUCACGCACACGUUCACGUUGCUUCACGUUGCGAAGCCGGCGCCGGUUCGGGAGAAUUCCUUAUAAUGGCUAGAAGAGCUCUCGGGAGAUAUCAUUUGGUCUGCGCGCCGAGAGCACACGAAUGGAAAGAAUUGGCAAAGAGACGUAAUGCAGAAGGUACCGCGCAUUGUUUGUUGCAGCAUUAGGUUUUGGUAAAGUUUUAGUACGGUAACACCGUAUGUGGGGUUGCCAUGUAAAGAUUUUUAAUGUAUUGCUACAUACAUAAUUCAGACGUCUAAGAGCUUCUAAUGUUUAUUUAAUGAACAUGUAUUGAAUCUGCAGGUCCAAGAUUCUAUGAUAACCUAAGAGGAAUGUUUCAAUACUUUAUAUUACCAACUCAAUCUAAAUGAAUAAUGUUCGUAAUAGGAUUAAAACAAAAUUAUUCAACCAUUAUUUCGUUGACUGAAAGUUUUUAUACGUCUGAAAAAUCUUAUGCAAUGUGCGACUAUGUUACAUUUGAAUGGAUCGUUGCAAUAUUGAAAAUGUAUAUUGUUAGAUAAGUGGGAAGAAUUUAUCUGAGAGUUAAUCAACACUAUAUUAGUACCCGCUUGCCAUAACUAGCUUGUAAAAUGCAAUUGUAAAUAUUUGUAAAGAAAUGUGGUCCACAGUGCCAAAUGUAAGAUUUAUUUUUAAGAUUGAUCUCAAUAUGUAUAUAUUGUAUAUGUAUUUUUAUAUUCAUUGUAAACCCAACGUUUGAAAUAUCUUCCUAUAGUUAUAAAAAUAAGAAAAAGAAAAAAAUCUAUGUACACGAUCGCGGCAGACAAGUUGAUGAAUACACAGAAAUCAGUAAACGCUGUUCUAAAUUUCCAUACAAAAGAUAUUGUUUCUAUAUUCUAUUACUUAUGGCUACUAAUAGUACAACUUCUAAGGUUUCUCCGUAUUUACCUAUUCAGAAUAGCGUGGAACAUAGAAGGAAAGAACAGAAGAAAAGGAUAUCUGCGUAUUUAAUGACCUUGGCGCUUGUAAUACUUUUUUAAGCAUUUAUAAGGUCUCGAUAGCGCCUAUACAUGAGAAACUCAUAUACUGAAUGUAAAUUUUGUGCUUCCAAGCAGAACCUAUGAAAUAUAAAUAUUUAGAAUCUUAUAUAUUUUAUAAUAUAUUUGUACCUAUAUGUUUUAUAAAAAUGUGUUAGUUACAUAAUUUUGAUGUGAUAUAGAUGUAUAUUUCCAAGUGCCUAUUGUAAAUACGAUGUUGUACAUUUAAUAUAAUUAUCAUAGUACGAGAUGUUAAAAAUAAAAAAGUAAAGAUA